AUGCUAGUGCGCUCUACAGUUACUCGUUCCAUCAGAUUGCCAGCCAGAAACUGUGCUGUCGCCAGAUUCUAUUCCGAUGGCGCCAGCGAUGGCCCAAUUGGCACCGGCGGGUCCGACAACGGAUUCCUCAAGAGAGAAAAAGCCAAGGAAGACUACUUCGUCAGACAGCAUGAAAAGGAACAGCUGCAACACCUCAGAGAGCAGUUGAAGGAACAACAAAAGAAAAUCGACCAUUUGACGAACCAAAUCAAAUCGUUGAGCAAGUAG